AUGAAGGUCAGCAAGACUGAGGCAUGGGCAUGGUUCAAAUCAGGAUCUCCAGCCAAGAUUGAAGGACCUCUUCUGAAGUUUUUACAACAAAAAUUGACAAAAGGUGGCAAAAGUAGGAAAACUGUAGUGUCAGUGGAGCUGCUCUGUUCAAAAUGCAGGCAGAAGGUGAUGAAGUUAAUUGCAACAAUUGAAGGGAUAACUUCUAUUGUCCUUGACCCUUCGAAGAAUACAGUGACAGUGAUCGGUGAAGCUGAUCCAGUGAAGAUCAUUAACAAGGUCAGAAAGUUUCGAAGGUCUGCAACAAUUGUGAGCAUAGGGCCUGCUAAGGAAGAGAAGAAGGAAGACAAAGAUUCACUGAAGAAAGAAAUGAUCGUUAAAGAAAUGAUCGUUCCUUAUGCUCCAAGGGCAUGUCAGAGAUGCGAUGUUUGGUAUGUGGUUGGUGAUGAUUUUUAUAGUUAUUGUUCUAUCCUGUAA